AUGACAGUCCUGACAAUCUCGACGACUGGUGCACUCUCUGUCUUCGAUGAGCGAUUUGAAAAGCGAAAUCAUGAUUUUCUCUCUGUUCGUCUCUCUGUUUUCAAAUUGGCAGAUUGCAAGAGGGAUUCGCCGGCCACUUCCAUGGCAAGACAACUACGCCCGAGGAAAACCCAUGAAGAAGUGAUAGGUAUCUUACUCUCCUCCUUCUCUUCUAACACCAUAUCUAUAUCAUGCCUUCUGAAUUUCAAUGUUCUCCUCAACAACAGCAAUGAUGUUGACUAUUACUCUAGGAUGUUGUUCCUUGAUCAGUGUUUAUCUGGUGGUGGUGUAGGUUGUGAAUUCACAAAUACAUUGUGGACCUGA